UAGAAUCUAAUCACCAUGCUGUGUGAUGGUAGAGCUGAAGUGAAGAGGUGUGAAUUGAGCAGCAUAUAUGAAGGGGCAGAGAUGUUGCUCAAUCCAGAGAGAGACAAGAAAUCUGCUGAAUCCGCCAACCACCUUCCUGGACCUUUUUAUGGGGAGGAGGAGGUGUGUUCGGACCGCUUGGACACUGACUUCCCGGACAUCGACCUCUCCCAGCUGGACACCAGCGACUUCGACAGCGUCAACUGCCUCAGCGAGCUGCAGUGGUGCAACGAUCAGCCGGCAGAUGUGUCACCAGCCUCUAUCCACUACAGUACAGCAGAUGAGCUCUUUGAGAUAGAAGAGGAGAAUGCGGCUCUGCUCGCCGCUCUGACCGACAGCUUGGAUGGCAUGGUGGACGCCGAGGUGGGCGGGCUCUCGGUCUUCCCCGCUCUGGGGGAGGAGCCCAGCCAAGAAGAGGAAGAAGAGGACAGUCUUCCUCUCAGCGCAGAGGACUUCAGCCAGUCCCUGGGGGCCGAGACAGAGGACCCAUCUCUACUAAAGAAGCUGCUGCUGACUCCUCCCAACGUGCCCACGGGCAUCGAUGUGCACAAAGAUGGAGUCCACGCCCGUCGCUAUGGCAACAGAAGCCUGCACCUACGGCCAGUCAGACCUCUGACUAAGAGCGACCUCCCUCAGGAGCGGAAGCCCCGAGCGGUGCGUCCGGCGGGCCGUCUGUGCACCGAGCUGCACCGCCACCUCACCACUGCCCAGGACACCGAGGACACCCCGGCCCCCGACACAGAGGAGGACGAAGAGGAGGAGGAGGACGAGGACAGUGAGUCGGAGGAGGAUGAGGAGGCGGAGGAGGAAGAGGAGGAGGAGUCUUCCAGCAGCGAGGUGGAGGGUGCGGCGGCUGCGGCUGCCGUCCCCGCUGAGCCAGCGAAGCCUCAGUUCAGCUCGGAGAAAGAACUGCACUCGGUGGUGGAGCUGAUCACGUACAUGCACACCUACUGCCUGCCCACGCGCAAGCAGCAGGGCUGGGAGCGCAAGGACCGUGACCUGUCGAGGCCUCGGGCCAGACCUGAGGCCCCCCGCCCAGCCGCCACGAGCUCUCACAGCAGAGUCGUGCUGGUGGCCACUCCUGGGACUAGUGGGGGUUUGGCUGGGACAGGCAGCAGCGCCCCCAGGAGGCUCCCCUUUGCUAGGCGGCGGGAGAUGAAGGCCAGCUCCCUUCUCCGCGAGCUUCUGCAGCAGAGCAGCUCUUUCGAUGUGAGCAAGCCUUACAGACUGCACAGCCCACCCUACUCUCACUCACACAGCCCCAACAGAGGAGCAGCACUUGCCCCUUCCUCCCCCGCUAAAUCAGCCCCGGCCCAACCCUACAGCUCCACAAACCCCAAACCAGAGCUUCGUAAAGACUCUUCCUCCCCCGAGAGAAGAAACCUCUCCUCAGAGCCACCUCAAAGCCUGGAGGAGACUUCAGAAAACGGCGGCUCUUUUUCAGUCCGGCGCUCCAGACGGCUGGCGUCUUUCCCCAGCCGCUUCGCCAAGAGGCUGCGGCCUGCACGGGUGAGGGACGGGGAGGACAGGGAGGAGAGGGACGAGGGACGAGCAGGAGUCAAACUCCCGCCCACCCAAGCAGGAGGUGGAACCACGACGGAGAUGCAGCCAGAACAACUAGUGUCUAGUCACAGCAGCACCGCUACAACUGAGCCGACCAAACCCUGCUGCCACGAAAAGCGAGCCUGCCUCUGUCUGCCUCUCAACCCAAAGUCCACAGGAGAGUCCCAGUACAGCACCAAGCCUUUUGAGCAGACACUCAGUGUGGAUCUGUGUGGAACGGCAGGUCUCACCCCUCCCACCACCCCACCUCACAAACCUGUGGAAGAUGAGCUCUUUAAGCCCGCAGAGGGAGGAAAGAGUGGCGGAGGAGUGGGUGGCGGCAACAGCGGCGAUGGUGGAGGAGGCAACAGCGAGUCUGUCCACCCGGCUUCGAACACCAACGUUGCCACGAAGGGCUCAUCCUGGCUGAGCCGCUCUCACCACCAGCGGAAGCUGCCAGAGCAGACGGAGCUGUAUGCCCAACUGCGGCGCAUGGGCCAGGCCGGCGACAGCGACACCCACCGCCACUUUGGCGACCACGAUUAUUGUGUGCUGAGCCUCGGGGAGAGCCGCAAACGCAGCGCUGCCGUUCUGGACGCCAUGUUGCAGGCGCAAGGAGGGAGCGAUGGAGCCGGCGCCCCAGCACCCAAAGCAGCUGACGAUCAGGUGUUGGAUGAAAAUGAAAAGGAGGACGAGGAGAGGCUGGUGACGUCAGAAAUCUCUGAGCCACAGGACCAGGAGACGACCGUGGUGAUCUCCUUCUCACCGCCAUCGGACUGCCAGUCAGCAGCUGCCACACCACCAGUUUCUGAAGAAGAGGCGGAGCGUUCGUCGGCAUCACGCUCACCCUCACCCACCCUCCACCUGUGUCCCGACUCCCCCUCCAGCAAGACAGACUCCAGUGAGAACUCGGAGAUCUGUCCUGACGACAAGCAGAGGAACAAAGCCAAGUCCGACGAGGAAAACUGCCAGGUGUUUUACAUCCACAACCUGCCCAGCAGCGUGACCCAGAACAUGCUGAGGAAACGCUUCCAGGUUUUCGGCAAAGCAGAGGACUGCAAAGUCAUCAUCUGCAACGAGGAGCGCUGUGGGGUGAUAAAGAUUCGUCAGUCGGGGGGUCAGAGACACUGGAGAGAACGAGAGACUGUUUUCCAGAAUGGACCUGCAGGCGUAAGGAGGGUGACGAGGAAACGCUACAUAGACUUAGAUGAGGCAGGUCCAGGCCCUGUGAAGAGCAAGUACGAUGCACUGGACUUUGACACUCUGCUGAAGGAGGCCCAGAAGUCCCUGCACCGCUGACAGUACAGCGCCACUGACUGGCCAGCCUUAGUACACUGCAGCAACACCCCUCCAACAACAUGGCUCUGCCCUGAGACAGGCCUCUCAGUACCUCCACGCAAGGCAACCUCGCAAAAUGUUUACAUUUUUACCAUUGGAAUAAAGUAACAAUAAGGACCUUGUUUUUUAAGUUUCUUUCACCGGAGGAUACUGCUUAAAAUUGAGGAAGCCACUGGGAGUCCGGAGGGGUUAAGAGACAACGGAGGAAACAGGACUUUAAACAGCAAUGGUACAACAAUUACAAACAAUAUUGAUACAGUUCUCCACUGAACAACAGUAACAACAAAGCUGCUUCCCAUCUGUGUUGGUGACUUCAUCGCCCUGCCUUGGACGAGCGGGCAUGAGAGACCUGUAGCAAAUCCUUGCUAUCCUUGCGUUGCGUUGGUCGUCGUGGUGUGUGUUCCUGCGUGUGCGUGUCCUUUGUUCUGUUUUGUAUAAAAAAAAAAGAAAAAUCUUCCUCUUUCCAGUCACGAGUGGUGAACCUGCAAGCUGUGUUCACUUGUGUGGUUGUAUAACCAGAAAAAAAAGAACCCUGCUUUGUUUUAGCGAAAAAUUGUGGAUGUUAUAAAUUUUAAAAUCUAUUGUGUGUGUGUUAUGGACAAAGAAUAUAACAAAAACCAUUUAACGUAAUCAUUUGAUGACUGAUAAAGUUUACAAAUCUAAAAUGAAGAAAAAAAUCAUGUUUUUUUCUUUUUUGUAAUUGUAGUGCUUCCUUGAUUUGAUCUAUGCACUGUAAGGAGGUAAAUGUCUCUACUGUCCUCCACUUCCCCCCUUUUUUCUCCAACUCUGCCAUGCUGACUAUUUUGGCUUCUGCUACUGGCUGCUGCAGGUUGUCUUUGACAGGUGCUUCAUACAUUAAGACCUCAUCUAAGAUUUGGGAAAAAUGAAAUCGUUUUUGGCAUUGUUUACAACCUAUUCAAAGGCAGUAAAAAGUUACUGGAAAAGUACUUACCUCGAAUGUUGCACGUGAAAAUUAGCUUUAGUUGAGUUUAAUAGAUCCUGUACUGUUGACAUCCAACGUCGUGUUACGUGCCUGAAAUGGGUCAAAAAGAAGCUAUAAGUGCAACAAAAUUUUAAAAAGUGGCUUGAAAAUAUUUACUGCCUGGACUUAAGGCAAUUUGAGGAUUCAGAUUUGUGUUAAAAAUAAAAAUAAAUGUUGAUUUAAAACAAGUUUUAAGGUCAGGAUUGGGCUAGGAUAAAUUCAGGCUCACAGUUAAGCUAACCAUGCAUGGAAAGGUACUGAAGUUAAUGGCUGGAUACAAUGAACUAGUUCUUGGUUAAGUAAUGACCAAGUUUUACUUAGCCUGGCGUACUUAGAAGUUCGUCAGUGUCAAAUUUAUUUAUGGACAUCCAGAAUCAGAACCACUGACAAGUGUUAACCCUUUGAUGCAUUGGGUCAAAAAUGACCCAAAUCCAGUGGAAAAUGGUUAUCUCCUGACCCAUGCUGCGCAUCAAAGGGUUAAGAACAUUUUUUCCACAUCUAGAGAGUCUUCUUGUAUCUCUGAUAAGGUCCCACUGAACAUGUGUCCAAUAAAAGCUGCAGCCUAAAGACCCCCUCCGCCCCCCGAAUGCCACAGCCAAUGCAACAGUUACUGUUUACAUUUGGACUGCAGCAAGCAGGGAAAAAUGGGGAAAUAAAGAUGGCAGCCACUGGCGCUUUUAUAUCAUACUCGGUAUGAAUUCAUCACUUCCGCACUUUGUCCAGACCAUUCCAGUUCUAGUAUCUUUCACAGUAAGUUCAUCUGUAAAUGAAUUCAACUAUUUCGAUUGUCUACGAAUCAUUCGUCUUCGCGACAUUAGUGCUCGACAUAAGGUUAAGCAAAGUACAACAAACAACAUAACCAGUUCUCUUCCUUAUAAUCCACUAAUGGCCAUAGCUAGAAAUAGAAAAAUCUGUUGGUUCAAAUGGAAUGUAUUCAAGAAUCUGAAUGUAAUCAUCAUGUUUUCCCCAUUCCUGCUUGCCCAAAGAUUGUGGAGCCUUCUGGUGCUUUAAAGGUAGACUUGCUUAGUCAUCUGGGUGACUGCAUGAGAGUGGUUCUGGCUUAAAGUGCAGUCUGAGUGGCACCAAAUUUACAUUCCUGAUGCAGCCAGUAGCAACAAGCCAUGAAAAGGGAGAGAGCCUCCAAGCCUGCCAAUCUGGUGGCAUCAAACUGCCACCAAUAACACAAGCCAGGGAACAAGCAAGGGAUCAGCCGAAACGUAACGAACAGAGCAAUCAGUCGGGAAUUAGACUUCUCGUCUGGGAGGUACUGUAUCAGAUGAGCAUCUCUACCUCACAUCCAUUUGUCCCUGCUCUCCCUGUCUUUUUUAGUUCUACUGGAUGCUCUCCCCCCUCCUCUUUUAUAAGUCUCUCACUCUGUUUAGUUUUGUUUUUUGUUGGAAAUGUUCUCUGAGGGUUUUCUCAACAGUUCUGGGUAUUAUGGGGCUUUGUCUUUCCUUCGUUUGCCUCAUAAUGGUUUCUAGCGUGUCUGUUACUUGGAGUCUCGACCGUGUGUCCUCGUGUACCUGAAUGUUUUGUCUUUGUCUCGUGUUGGAGUUGGACACCGACAGCGAGGGGUUGAACGGUGGUUUGGUGGUUGGCUGGUCCUCGAGUGCAAUUCGCAGGGGGGAAGAUUCCCAAUCUUCACCCACCUCUGCACUUGUUGUCACGUUUCCUUUCGGGGCACGCCAAUCCUCCUGAUUUCCCUGCUCUUCCUCUCCUUAAUGCAGUCCGACUCUUUCUCUAUCUCUAUCUUAAACUCUCUUCUGUCUUUUUGUGGGUUCAAGGCCUUGUUUCUAGGUCUUCCCCAAACCCUGAUACUAAGGUCGCCCACUUUGUGUCAGAUAAUCCCUCUUUCCCCUUCCUUUUCCUCGUCCGUUCUCUAUCUAAUCAGCUCCUUGGUAACACACAAAAAAUUGAAUGUUUACAUCACUUGAUUCUCCUUUGACUUUAUUAGGAACGCACACUAAGUACAAAGGCGCCUUAUUCAGUGUUUAAAACUAAAAUAACAGCAAGUGAAGUGGCCUAGAAGGAGGCUCCUUCGGCAGGCUUACUGAUGUCCAAAACUAACAAAAACAAUUUAGUGCUAUACAUACUGAUUGAGAAACAAGGUGUCGACUUUUAAAAGGAAAUAUAUAUAUAUAUAUAUAUAUAUAUAUAUAUAUAUAUAUAUAUAUAUAUAUAUAUAGACAUAUAUUAAUUUAAACUAAUUACGAACAACUGAAUGAGUAUUUGUGCUUAGUAUGUAUACUACUAAAAAGUGAGAGAAUGUGCUGGUUUACAUAUUAAAAAAGAAAAUAUAAUAUAUGAAUAUAUAAUGUGUAUAUAGCACUAUGCCUCAUUGUAAACAUAAAAUGUAUUGUGUGUUUAUUUUUUUUUUUUUUAAAGGUGGCGGGUCACAGUUAAUCAGACAGGAGAUGGUCAGGUCGGUUUUGUUCCAGUGAGUUCAUGUUUGUUCAGUACAGGGAGGAAAUGAAGGGAAAUAACUACACAAAGUCCAAAACUGUUAUAAAAGAAAGACAAAAAAAUAUCCCUUUAGACUAUCACACUAGAAGGUUCUAUUUCUUUGUCGUUUUUAAAAUGACUAAUCUUGAUUCUUUUUCUCCUGUUUUCUUAAAAAGCAAUUUGAGAUGCAAUACGUAAUAAUCUUAUCAUUAAGACAGCCUUUCAGAAAAACUGAGGUAAUAAUGUACAGCGUGUGGUCGGUUGUUGAGCUAUAACACGGCCAAUCUUUGAGCUGCGGAUUCAAUAGGCUACUGUACUAUAUGUAGACUGCUGUUAAACGAAACAAAAAAUGAUUUAAAAAAGUUUCAGGCAAGAAUGUGGUCAGUGGCGUCGUAAACACGUAUACAAAACAAGUUGUACUAAUAUAAUCUUGCACAAAUAACGUCCCAAGUAGUGAAAUAUCUUCACAAUAUUUUUCUCCUCGUUGAAAGCUGUUGUAACUAAGUUAUUACCACAUUUUGAUGGUGCACAGGUUCGCUCAAAUGGAAGUUGCUUUGGACACUUGUGUUACAAUAACAGCCAGUGACUAUACAUGUAUGACUCUGGUAAAGGAAUGUGCAAUGGAGGAAAGGAAGGAAGAAAAAAAGAGAGUUGUCACUGGUUUGACCCCAUUAAAUCUCUUCAGACUAGUUGAUACAGUUGAGGUCGACACUGUAGAAAUCUCACUGCUGCGUCUUCCCCAGACAGUAAAAAGGUGUGAAGGGGGUAUGGAAUUUGUCAAAUCAGUGUGCACAGUUUUUAGUUUUUUACACUGAUGACCAAAAUGUGAUGCCUUUAGUUCAGUUCCUGAUUGUUAUGUUGGUUGUGAAGGAGGAGCUUACACUGUUUCUGCUUAUAAUCCAGAAUUCAGGCUUGUUCGAGGAAACCUGGAGACUGCAGUUUGUGCUGGGAUUUCUACAGUGGCUGCCGCUGAGCCUGUGAGGGUACCUCCAUUGUUCUAGAGGUGAAUGACAUCCAAACUACCCCAUUUUUCAUCAUGGCAAGCCUUAAAAAUCAACUGGGGGGAAAACAAAGCUACCACUAGCUUUUAUUAUUACCGUUUCAACUCCUUUCCAAUCCAACGUGGUUUAUUAUUAAAUAAUUACUGACGUAAUUAAAACUUUUUUCAAUAGCCAUAUUAUAAAAAGGUAUAUACAUAUAUAUGAAUAUAUAUUUGUGUGUUUGUGUAGAUAUCUAGAUGAUUAUAUACUUUCUUAUAGAAAACUUUGAUGUUGAUCAUUCUCCUCAGUGUUUUGAGAACACGUUGACACAUUUCAGCAUAAUAAUACCACCGUCCGCGUGGUCUAGGUCCUAGAUCAACGGGCGGUGAAUCCAAAAAAAAAAUUUAAAAAUGUUUUAAAAAAAAAAAAAAAAAACUUCCAAAGGGAAUUACCCUCGUCAGAAUGCAAUACUUUGCUUUCCACUCUUCAUUUCAGAAAAAUGGAAAGAAAACCAUUAAACUUGAUAGGCAAGUUGACCAAAAAAAAAUAAUGAAAGUUCUACAAUAAAGAGCGUGGCUCGUGGAAAAAUACGACGUUUUCAAUGACCUCGUCAGAUUCAGUUUUAUAGAUGUCAUGUUUCUGAUGCCAUGGCCCACUAAAAAAAACACUUCUUUGUUUUUUAUGUCACUGUUUCUUCAGUUUGGAAAACAAUGUAUCUGUCAGCUAACUGCACCAUGAAAUGAACCCUCUACGAGGACAGGAGCACUCGCGAUACCUACAACCUACAUCAACAUCUACAGUUUGUACGAUAAAACAGAAAGUAACGGGCGAUGUGUUAAACCUGAUGGCAACAGUGAUGUCAAAUACUCAGUAGGGACUGUAAACCGUCAAAAUCUGCUAAAUGCAAAGUGGGUGUUUUGUUUUUUUGGUGGAAGAAAAUGUUUUGACAUAAAGGGCAUACAUUGUUUUAUUGUUGUUUUUCAUUACUAUUGAUUUCAUUGUCUAUUUACAUCUAAUGACUAUCAAAUUCACAAAUGAUUUUUUUCUUUUUUUAACUUAGUUUUUGGUAAAAACAAAAAAAAGGUAAAUACUGCUAGUGAGAUUUUAUAUUUUUACAUAUGUUGGUUUUAUUUUGCGUUUCUUCUUUUUUUAUUUAUACGCCACUUAGUUUGGAUGUCUUUAAAUGGUGUUUUUUUUCUUUUCUUUGUUUUGUGUGAUUUCAUAUGUCUUGAGAAUGUGGAGACAAAGGCAUUUCAGUAUUUUUGAAUUGUUAAAAUCUAGUUUCAUAGAAGCGGAAGUAUCUGAUGUUAUAAAUUAUAUUUUAAUUCAUGUAAAUAGUUUAAAACAGAAGACUAUGGCUUCCUUUUAAACUGAAUACAUUUCUCUUCAGAGAUUGUUUACAUUAUGAAACUGUAGAGAUGUGCUCCUCAUAUACUGUAUAAAGUACAUAUAUUCAUUGAUUUGCCUCCAAAAAAUAAAACCCUAAUGAACAAAGUU